AUUUGUUUACGUGACGUCCUCGCGGUAAUGUGCACGUUCCAAAUGUCAGAUGUCAGAUGUCAAAACGCGGCAGUUUCAAAGUUAAGGUGACAGCUGACUUCGCUUCUCCAACAUGAUCUUCUACACUCAACUCUUCACCUCCAAGCGAGGACCCCUUGCCAAAAUCUGGCUUGCAGCACACUGGGAAAGGAAACUCACAAAGGCCCAAGUAUUUGAGUGUAAUUUAGAAACAACUAUCAAAGACAUCAUCUCCCCAGAGAUGAAGAUCGGUCUGCGGACCUCUGGUCACCUGCUCGUUGGUGUGGUCAGGAUCUACUCCAAGAAAGCGAAAUAUCUCCUCGCAGACUCCACUGACGCCCUGGUUAAAAUUAAAUUUGCAUUCAGGCCAGGUCAGACAGAUUUGCCCGACGAGGGGCUCGAGGCAACGCUGAAGGCAAUCACCUUGAAUGAAGAUUUCCCCGACUUUGAUACCCAGCUGCCACAUCCAAGUAACAUCGACCACUUCUCACUGAACCAGUGUCGCUCAGAGGACAUCACGUUGAAAGAGGAUAUUGGAAGUGGCUUUCUGAAUUUGAUAGAUUUCGGGAACGAUUCCCAGAGCAUCAGCGCUGGGCUGCUGGACUUCCAGGGCUUCUCUCAACAGGGAGACGCUUUUGGGGACGAGGACAGAGCAGGAGGCUUCCUGGACUUUCUGACAAACAGUGAAAACCCCGAGUCGUCUGAGCUCAACCCAGAAGAGCCUGAAAACACACACAUCUCAACACUCGAGGAUCAACGAGACCCUGAUUGGACAGAGGUGGUGACCCCGACUCAAGACGAGACCACGCUGCUGACCAACGAGAAGGAGGGCUUCGCACUGGACCCUGUGGCAGUCACUCCAAACUCUGAGAAGAGGAGGGGGAAGAGGAAACGUAGGCUGGUGGUGGAUCAGAGCAAAGAGCUGAGCAACGAGUCGAUCAGAGAGCAGCUCUCAAACUGCUCAGAUCUGAUCGCUCCUCUGGACAUGGCCCCCCCGACCCUGCAGCUCAUGCAGUGGAAGGAGAGCGGCAGGGCAGACAAACUGUUUGCUCAGCUGUGUUCAACUGUAGCAGCGCCGCAGAUAAAGAAGCUCUUUGCCAAGACUAUUUUCCAGGUGAAACUCUCAGUUGUGCAUCAGGAGGUCGAGGUGAUGCGCAAGGAUGGAAGAGAUGCUCAGAGGGACAUCACCGUCGUAGAUUCAUCGAUAGAUCAGGAAACAACUUACAACACGGAUGUGAGCGACCUCGGUCACAUGACUGAUAAUCAAGGGCAGAAUAACUUUGAGCUCCGAGAAGAUGGGAACAUGUCGGACUUCACUCAUCCUGAACUUCCCUCAGAAGACUCCAUGUUUGUCCAUCCGUCCUGCCUGCAGACUCAGUCCUCCUCCCUCCACACUCAGUCUCUGCUGGAGAGCCAGGACCUCGAGGAGAAGAAGCUGACCAGACGCACUCAGAACGUCCUCCACGCACUAAAGAGCAGCAGAUCCUCCCUCUUCAGUCUCCAGGCGUUGUGUAAAGGACGCUCUCGUUUCCAGGCGGCCACGACCUUCUUCUGCUUCCUGGUUCUGAAGAAACAGAACUCGAUCCAGCUGCAGCAGAGCGCGCCUUAUGAUGACAUCAUCGCCUCGCCCGGACCCACGUUCUACGAGCAGUAA